UUGCAUCUCUCGGGGCGCUCCGCAUUUUUCCAUUCCAGUUUCGUGCCCGACCCGACCAUCGGAUUCUUUCACUUUGUUCCAUCUCCUUUGCUAUUUGUCCCCCUUAGCUCGCUUUUCUCAGCUGUUCUUACAUUCAAGGAUAGGCCUUGAUGGUGACCAUGGCCAUGUACCGAUCCGAUCAGACCCGUGCAGAUGCUCCCGCCAUCCCGGGCCUUCAAUCACAUCCACUACCUCCACAACAACACGGGCCAUCAUCAUCAUCACUUCAACCACAACCUGUCUCUCUUUCAUCGGCGUCAGCACGACCAUUAUCAUCCACAUCUUCGCAACGGCUUCCUCCUUUGGCCAUGUCAAUAGGAACAGCGCCGGUGCCUGGUGCUCACUUGCGAGGACCUCCAGCCCUGGGACAGCAACAGUCUACGCGCACGCUCCAGGGCCCGUCCGCGCAGGACUGGGCCCGCCAUCGAGAUAUCAUCGUCGACCUCUACAGACAGUUUCCCCUCAAGAAACUCAAUCAACAACCGACGGCGUCUUCCGACGUGUCCAUGUCCUUUCCCCGUCUCAAUAUCGAUGGACACAACAUGCCGGCCGACACAGCAUUUGCACCGUCAGAAACACACAGUCCUAUCCCAUCACUGCCCUCACCCAUCAAGUCCCAGUCCCAUGGGAGCUAGCCGCAUGUGCUGGCUCCACGCCCUAUUGACCACAGUACCGGAGUCCAAUGGUCCAUGCUGUCUGAGUUGGACGAACAGGGAAAGCAGUCCGCCGAC